GUCGAUCAAAGAGCUCUAAGCCAGCUGUCUACCAUAUCUGGCCAAUUUUCGAGCCUCAAAAGACUGUCCAUCAUGAUCGAGGAGAAUACCUUCCACUAUCCUGGCCUUUCCAAUAACCUGCAUUCCGCCGCGCCAUUCAUCAAUGGCUUCUGCGAGACACCACCUGCGAGAGAUAUUGCUUCACGAGAUAGGCCUCUCGCAUCUUAAGCUCCCCUUUUCUCAGUUGCGGACAUUCACUGGAGAUAUAUCGCAUCGUCUUGAGUAUUUGGGACUUUUCGUUUCGGCACCCCAGCUUCUUACAGCGACGUUAAAAGUGUGCUUUGCAUUCCCUCUCUCCACUCUUCCUGUGCCAUUCAUAUAUACCAAGCUGUACACGCUUUCUCUCUACACCGAUAUCCGGUGCAUACGAGGCCUUCGUCAGCCAGUGUUGGACGUUUUUCGUAUCGAGCAAAUAUCUUCCGGUGGAUAUCAUCAUAUUGCCGAACUCUUUCGAGAAUCGCGUUGUCCAAUUCGUAGCUUAUAUCGCACUUCCAUCGUCGGAACUUGAAGCAUGCUCAAGCACCCUUGCAUCACUAUCCAUUCGGCUGAACGAAGGCUCAGCUUUGGAUGUGUACAAUGUGUUCUCAUUAGACGGCACGUCGUGUCUUGCACCUCACUUGGAAGAAUUAUGCAUUCGCGACGAUGUUCACAUGGAUGAAGACUGAGAAACUUCUUUUGCUGAAGACCCGUUUUUGGAUAUGGUGUCUGGGCGGCGGGAUUCUGGUGGCGAGAUCGGCUGCUGACGA